AGCGCCGUGACGUCAUUGGCACGGGGCGUAUAAAAGGCAGAGCCCGCGCGCUCGGCGUCACAGCGCCUUGUGUUCCUCACAUCUGUCUCUCUGAUCUCAGCUCCGAAAUCAACCACAAACAUGUCAGACAAACCUGAUCUGGGGGAAGUGGAAAAAUUUGACAAGUCCAAGCUGAAGAAGACGGAGACGCAGGAGAAAAAUCCUCUGCCGUCUGCAGAGACUAUUGAACAGGAAAAGCAGGCAAGCUCGUCAUGAAACUUCCUCUCGAGACUCCACUAUGCACUGCACUGCCUUCAUCUUUUCACCUUAUCUUUUUCUUAAAAAAAAAAAAGUUUAAUUUGUUAAAACAAAACCAACCCUAAGAUGCGUUCUGAUUGGACGAAACAAAACCACCAUCCAAUGGCCCGUACCUCCAUUUCAUUUUUGUUUGGUUAUUUGAAAUGAACGAAAACGCACCACUGCGAAGAACGAUGGACGUGGGAGGUCAUGAAGAGGAGGAAGAGGAGGCGGAGCUUCAGCCUCAGGGCGGGGCCGAGGGUUUGAUUGACAGCUUCCUGGGACGUUUACUAUCCAGACCUGGGCUGAUUGGUGUCAGAUGUUGAAAAUCAUGCAGUGUUUUUUAUUUUUUUUUCUCCUUAAAAUUUAAUGUUUAAGAUUAUUUUGUAAUCUAAAGUUCAAACCUUGGAAUGCACAAUAUUUUGUUUAUGCAAAUAAAAAAGAAAAGAAAAACCUGUUAA